GCGGUUUGGGCGUAACUAACCGGGAAGAAAAGUAGGGUGAUUCUCCGCGAAAUGAAAAAAUAAAAAAUAAAAAUAAGCAAAUAGAUGACAAAAUAAUACUUUUGCUACCCAGUUCGAGUAGUGGCCUCGGGAGCCGCCCUUCAAGCGGCUUUGUUCCUUGGCGAGGGGGGAACGAAGGCGCGGGUGGCCCUCCCUGCACGGGCAGCAGCUGUGGUAGCACCCAGGCCCCCAGCCGGCGCGUUGGGCGCGCGCAGUUCGAAGGCGCGGGGCGCGCGCGGUGGCUGUGGCGCGCGGGUCGCUGCUCUCCUCAGGGCCGGGCUGGGGCAGCCCCCUGGCGCAGCCGGACGAGCCGCGUUCUCCAGCCGCCACCUCGUGAGAUUUGAAGGCUGGAAGCAAAGCCAGGAGACGCCGAACCCCGCCUGCUCGUUUCUCAAACUCUGGAAAGCUCUUCCUGUGGCAGCGUAAAAGCAAACGUUUAGGGGUGUAUACACGUGCAGUAAGCUUGAUUCUGAGAAAUGGACAACAAUAUUUGUCAAGUUUAUGAAGAUGAAAUCCAGUUGCUGGAAGGAGAAAUUAAACUAUUGACUGAAAAGUAUGAAGAUAUCCAACAAGAAUCCACUUUUUUUUCUGAUGAGCAGAUAUUAAUGUCAAUAAAUUCUUUGCAAGAAGAAUUUCAGGGAGAAUCUAAGGGAAAUGAAUCUCCAUCAGACCUGAAAGCUCGACUUGGAAGUCUAGAAACAGAUCUCUCAUUUUUAAUGAAGUUUACUGGUAUUCAGUUCAGAAGUCAUUCCAAGAAAACAGUGGAAAAAACUGGAAACAGAACAGUGCAGAAGCACAGAUUAUCAGGGAAUUGCCACUCCCUGUUUUUUCAAUUGGAAUUCCAGCUUCUGGAAAUGCGGAACAAAGAGAGUGUGUCUGCUGUUAUUACUGAUCUCAAUAUUGUAAUGGAAUCUGGAGAAAAUUCAGAUGUGAGCAAGUUUGCGUCAAGAAAAGGGUCUCUAAGAGCACCAGAGUUAAAAACUUGGCAUUCAGUCAUAAUUCCCAAGCCCAUCCUGCUUUGGAAGAAAACAGCGGAAUGCCAAGAACACUUGAGCAACAUGUUUUUAAAAGAAGCAAAAUUCAACAGUCUGUUUUCAACCAGCGCUGGAGAACAUGGAAAUCUUUUAACAUUUUUCAGAAGCCUUUCAUCUUAUGCUGAGUGGUGUGAACAUCGUAGAUGCACUUUUCUACAUUUCAAGAGCAAAUAUCCUGAUGUCGUGUCCCUUCCCGAAGGACUGCUGGGAGAUUAUAUCACUCUAAGGAACCCCAAACCUUCUGGGUUUGAAUUAAUGGUUGUUUGGAAGAUACAUAUAGAUGAAGAAGGGAGAACUACGCCUGUUCUGGACCUUCUGACUAAAGUACCGGAGCAAGUCCUGGAGCAGAAGAUGGCAACCGUUGAAAACGCGCCCGCCCGCUUCCGCAGCAUGCUCAUUCUCCUUGGGAUCGAGGCAGCUAUUGAGAACCUGAUCAAAGCAGUUGCCUUGCAGAUCUGAACAGCAGCACGACUUACGACAGGCAGUUAAAGGCAACUCAUCUUGAAGAAUCUCUCAUAUGAGGACACCGAGGCAGAAAAACUACCUACUUAAAACCCUGUACAUCUACUAUGAACAGUCAAUUCAAAUUUCAAGAAGGAAUAAAUAUAAAACCUUAAUGCUUUUAUCAACUUACAACUUUUCAGAAACAGACAUUUAGGACAAAUGUCUUCAUUCAGAACUCUAUGUUAUUGAUAUGCUCACAGCCAAAUAUUUGGACGCAUCCCACUCCCCCCCAGCCUACUUUUUUUAAAGUUACUUGAAUUGCCUGAACGGUGCAAAUGCAUCUUCGAUUUCUAAAUGUGCAGGAGUCAUUCACAAGCAC